CAAAAGGCGCGCGAGCGCAACGCAGCCUUUACCGGCGGAGGUUCGAUCGAUUAAGAUUCAAACAGACCAAACAGUAGUGGCAAGACAAUCUCGCGCAGCAGUCGGCUCGCGCAGGCGCGACGCGUUCCACUCUCAUGUCCAACAUGAAUGCAAGAACUGUUUUAAUAUUGUUAAUUACUAUUUGUAAACAUGCUGAUGCCCAGAAACUGGCUAACCCGGCGCCGGCGCCGGUGGAAUGCCCAUCGCUGGAGAACGGCGACAGUUACACGCAGUCAGAGUUCCUGUCACGGCUAGCGCACGAGUGCCGCUACGACCGCCUGCUGCUGCCCACUUACCAGACGCCUACCGACGUGGUGUACGUGCACGCCAGCGCCUACGUCUACUUCAUCCAGCCCGCGGAGGCGCAUGAUUUGAACUUCAAGUUGCAUUUCCUCCUGCAACUAAGAUGGACCGAUGCUCGGCUUGCCUACGCUCUUUACUCCCCUGAGCGCACUAGAAUCAUCGGCGAAAACGACCUGCGGCAGCGUAUAUGGGUCCCCCACCUGUACAUGUCCAACGAGCAGUCAUCCAGCCUCAUGGGGACGGACAGCAAGGAUGUGCUGAUCUCCAUAGCACCUGAUGGGGAGGUGCUGUUCAGCAGACGCAUGCAAGCCGUACUCUAUUGCUGGAUGAACCUGCAGAAGUUCCCGUUUGACGACCAAACUUGUUCGAUGAAUCUCGAAAGCUGGAAAUACAACGCCUCAAGUUUGCGCAUCAUGUGGGAAAGAGACAACCCCGUGCACCUCUCGUCUGAACUGCAUCUCACGGAGUACUCGCUCAUUGACUACUGGACCAAUGAAUCGGUCGUCCGAGGCGAUAUUGUAAAUAUGCGGCUGGGGGGAGGUAGAUCUGGAAACUACAGUGCCCUGAAGUUCACGUUUAAACUGGGUCGAGAAGUGGGCUAUUACCUGAUGGACUAUUUCAUUCCCUCCAUGAUGAUCGUCGCUAUGUCAUGGGUCACCUUCUGGUUGCAGGCUGACGCCUCGGCUCCUAGGAUAACAUUAGGCACCAGCACGAUGCUGUCGUUCAUCACGUUGGCCUCCUCGCAGGCCAAAACGCUGCCAAAGGUGUCCUACAUCAAGGCCAGUGAAAUUUGGUUCCUGGGCUGCAUCGGUUUCAUAUUCUCCGCCCUAGUGGAGUUUGCAUUUGUUAACACUAUUUGGCGAAGAAAGAAAGUAGUAAACCUGAAGAAAGUGAAUAGUAAAUACAUUCUGAAGAGCACGCUAACGCCCCGCCUAGCUCGCAAGGAGCUCCAGAAGGAGCUGCAGUGCUCGCCGCAGCUCACCAAGUCGCGCUCCUUGUCGUCGCUGCAGCGGGAGACCAGCGCCGACCCCGCCGGCCCUGGAUUCAAUAACUACCUCACAGUACAUAGUUUCCCCUCCGCCCUGAACUUGCCGACGAUCACGACGCAGAGCUACGACGAGCUGACGGGCGGCGCGCCGCCGAGCGACGGGUCCGACGAGCCCAAGCACACCUGGACCACCAUGACCCCGCAGCAGAUCGCCACGUGGAUCGACAAGCGAUCUAGGGUCCUCUUCCCCUUGCUCUUCUUGGCGUUCAAUAUUCUUUAUUGGACGUUCGUGUAUUGCCUUUGAAUUUGGUAA